AUGGUCAAUCAAGCCCCCAGCACACGUAAGGACGUCUCCAGCAGCAAGAAGGCUGAAGUAAUCCAACAACUUUAUCACUUUCUUGUGAAUGGCAAGUUAGUCCGUGGCGCAUUCAAAAGAACAGCUGAAAUGCUCGACAUCGAACGCCGCAGUGUCGCCUAUAUCUGGGACACGUUUUGUACCCCAGGUACCCUGAAGUCCAACAAGUGCGCCAAGGUUGGUCCUAACCCCAAGUACUCCCCCGAUGACAUCCGGAACCUCGUACGUGAUGUUCCCAUGGACCAGCGAUCGACCACGAGAGACAUCUCCACUACCACUGGUCUCUCCAGGGGUACACUCAGCCGCCACCUGAAGAUAGGAACCUUUGUUCGUCGGUCGACUCGAAUAAAGCCGCUCCUCACGGACGCCAACAAGGCAGAACGCACAGCAUUUUGCGGCCUUGCCGCCGCCGGUGAAGCCGGUUUGCCCGAAACCGUCGAAUUUGAGAUCCUAUGGGAUGUGGUCCAUUUGAACGAAAAGUGCCGGCCUCGAUUUGACCACGACCGCGGGGUGUUGUUUGAUGGCAAAGUGGGCAUGUGGCCAGUCGUGGAGUCCGUCCCCGCUGUUCGCAACUCACGCAACCGUCCCGCCGACUACAUCAUCAACAAGGUCAUACCUGCGAUUAAGGCGUCCUUUCCGAGUGCGAACAAGCGUGUCGUCCUGCAACACGACAAUGCGACGCCUCAUGCCUCCAUCACGGAUGCUGAACUUGAAGCUGUGUCCACCGACGGGUGGAAGUUUGUGCUCCGUCGACAACCGCCCAACAGUCCGGACCUGAACGCGCUGGACCUCGGCUUCUUCGCAUCGAUUCAAUCCCUACAGUACAAGUCGAUGAGUCGCACUGUCUACGAUGUGAUUCGCUCGACCCUCGCUGCGUUCGAAGAGCUGAGCUUCGAGAAGCUCGAGAGCGUCUUUUUCACGUUUCAGUCGGUGAUGCGACUGAUCCUUGAGCACGACGGAGGCAACCACUACGUCUUGCCUCACCUGAAAAAGGCCGCCGUGCGACGCGCUGGACUUCUGAUGCAGAAUGUGUCUUGCCCUGUGUCCCUUCUUUUGUAG